UUGGUCACUGGCCCUUGGUCUACUGUAUUAAUUGUAAUUUAUAUAAAAUCUGGUAGCUAACUGUCAAAAGUAACUAAUUUGCGCUGAAUACGCACAAUGUCCAAUAAAAGAAAGAACACGAUGAUGGUUAGUGAUGACUUAGGGUUAGCGGACAUAAACAUUCCCGACAUUCCCAAAGAUAUCAUUUUUCCCGAUGAUCUAAACAAGUACCUUCGCGACAAAGUUCAAUACUUAACACACGAAAACGGCAUGCUAUACAAAAAUGUAUCUGACUUGGAGCUGCAGUUAAAAGAGAGCACUAGUAAGGUAAGUCUCCUCUCUGAGGAAUUGGAAAAGAGCCAGAACGAACCGACUAAAGAUAAUCCACUGUACGUCAGUCAUUUAGCAUCCGCUAAAAUAGUAGAGCUUAGUAAGCAAUUACGGGAACGGAAUUCUGAAUUGGAAACUUACAAAACCAAGUUAUCAAAGUCGCAACAAUACAUCAACGAAUUGCAACAAAACACAUGCGCAGAAAAAGAAACUGAUGGUGGUCCAGUUCCGGAAAAACUCAAAAACGAACUCGAAGAACAAAUCAAAAUCUUACAAGAGAAGCUGAAUAAUUCCAACUCGAAGCUUUGCGAAACUAGAAAUUCAAAUUCUCAGUUAAAGGCGAACAUGAAAAUUGCCAACAAGUUGUUACAACAGGAAGUUGGGGAGACGUUUGAGAAUUUGCAGAUUAUAACAAACUCCAAUGGUAACUGGCGUGGACGUGCCCAGCUCAUUUGCGAUUUGCAGCAGAAAAACAGCGAGCUUAAAGAGAAACUGAAAUCCUAUGAAGAUAAAGAAAAAGGCAGCAUUCCUCUUGUGGAAAACUCCAAUUCUGUAACAAAGUGGGAUAAGAAAUUGGCAAGUCUCACUCAAGAAAACUACGCGCUUCAAAAUACAGUGCACGACCUUAAAAGAAGACUCGACGCUGCUCGGGCCAGGAACAAGGUCAUCGAGUCGGAAAGCUCCGCACUUCGGGCGAAAUGUUCGGCCAUUACCGAACAAAAUGAACACGAUCGGGACAUGAUCACCUCAUUGACUGCUAGAGUAACCCACGCGCAGGAGAUACAGAAUGAAGCUUUGCGCCAGAAGCAAUUGAUCAUUCAGGAGUUGGAGAUGAAAAAUAAAUCCUUGCACCUGGAAGCCGCGAAACAAGAAUGUAAAGUGAAUAAUCUAAACGUGCAGAUUGAUGAACAAAGACGGGAAAUUACGACUCUUCGGUCUAGAUGUAAGAACCACCCGCUCGACCAUCAGAAGGUAAAUCCUUCUAAGGAAGUCAGCAUGCAGUACUUGGAGACUGAAAGGUUACGUUUGUUAGAGCUGAUGAAGAUCACCAACGACAAAUUAGAUCUGGAACGCAAUGCACAAUCCGAGGUUCGAAUGAAAUAUUUGGCUGAGAAGCAAAAGGUGGCCAAGCUGGAGGCGAGAGUAGCACGCUUACAACUGGAGAAGAACUGCGAGAAGAUGAGCGUGUACAGUUCAAAAUCUAGCUUGUCCUCCUUGGGCACGGUUAGCGAUGAUAAACUUCAGCUGGCGGAAGAAACCAUUAAAGUGUUACAGACCCGUUUAGAUAUUGAACGACAAGAUCACAAAAACAACAUUAAUGAGUUUAGUAAGAUACUAAGCAAUUACGGAUUUGUUGAAAAUAAAGACAAGGAAGAGCUGUGA